CCCGGCUGCUGCCGGGGCAGCGCCCUCACUUCGGCCAUUCCUUUCUCCUCCUCCCGCCCGGUCCUGGGCUGGCCGGCACCGGGGGUCCCUCUCCGGCACCGAGGGUCCCUUUCUAACACCUGCCCGGCUGCGGGACGGCCCCCCCGGGCUGGGGGCGGGCAGGGGCUCCCCUCGCUCCCUCCUCUCCUCCCUCCCUGCGUCCCUCCGGCUCCCGGCGCAUCCCCAGGUGCCGCCCGGAGCAGCGGAGGUGUCGCUGGCAGCCGGCUCCUGCCGAGAGGAUUCGGAUCGGGCAGAUGCGCUAACGUGGGGAGAAGGAUUCAGAUGUAAAAACCACAGCCUGGCCAUGCACUGAUGAGGGAACAGCCACAGACUCCCGCUUUCACAUCCCUGUGCCUGAUUUGAAGUGACAGUGAGAGGAAGCAUAAGGUAUCUCUCAUUCUGUUUGGACUCCUUGUUCACAGAAGAGUGAUGGAGAUGCUAUUAAGCACAAAAGGCAUCACCAUAUGCCUGUUUUUCUUUGUACUGAGCUUGGCAGCAGCUAUUGAAAUACCGUUAUCAGUUUCCCAGCUCCCAACCAUCACGGAGCAAUCCCACACCCAGGUUGCCUACCCCUUUGAUGAGGACUUCACCAUUAAAUGUGAAGCCAGAGGAAACCCCCAGCCCACCUUUAACUGGACUAAGGAUGGGAAACCAUUUGAUUUGUCGUCUGACCCGAGGAUAGUUACAUCUAACAACUCUGGAACUUUUGUGAUCCAAAACCGGGGAAUCAUCAACAAUUUCCAAGGGAAAUAUCGCUGCUUUGCAUCCAACGUGCUGGGAACUGCCAUGUCAGAAGAAAUUGAGCUGAUUGUUCCAAGUGUACCAAAAUUCCCCAAAGAAAAAAUCGAGCCUCUGGAUGUGGAGCAUGGAGAUUCUGUGAUCCUGCACUGCAACCCCCCAAAGGGAAUCCCCCCUUUGCAUAUCUACUGGAUGAAUAUUGAUCUGCAGCACAUCCCACAGGAUGAAAGGGUCUCCAUGAGCCUGAAGGGAGACCUCUACUUUGCCAACGUGGAGGAAAGCGACAGCAGGAGUGACUAUUGCUGCUUUGCCGCCUUCCCCAGGCUCAGGACCAUCGUGCAGAAGAUGCCGAUGACGCUCAAGGUUUCCCGCUUAAAGCAUGCUAAUGACUCAGGCUCACCUAACGCUGCCGUUACUAAGGCGAAUUUCCUCAAGGAAAGGAAGCCCAAACUGCUGAUCCCUCCUGAGUCUGCUGGCAGCAGCUCUUCAGUCACUGUCAUCAAGGGAGGUGUCCUGCUCCUCGAGUGUAUCGCUGAAGGGCUCCCAACUCCUCAUCUCAGCUGGGUCAAGGUCACGGGAAACAUGCCCAAGGACGAGCCAGAGACAGAGAAUUUUGGGAAGACCCUGAAGAUUGACCAAGUGACAGCGGCUGACGAGGGGACGUACCAGUGCACGGCCAGCAACCCCAUGGGCAGGGCCAGGCACGAGUUCCACGUGCGUGUGGAAGAGCCUCCCCAGUGGCUGAAGAAGCCCGAAGGUGGCGUCUACAGCGUGGGGACAAACCUGGUGCUGCUGUGCGAGGCCAUCGGGAACCCCGAGCCCAGCAUCCAGUGGAAGCUCAACGGGAUGCCCAUCGAUGGCAGGACCUUCCGAGGGAGAAUCUCCACCAGGGAGAUCAGCCUGACCAACCUGCAGCUGCAGGACAGCGCCGUGUUCCAGUGCGAGGCCACCAACAAGCACGGCACCAUCCUGGCCAGCGCCAACGUCAACGUCCUCAACAUCGCCCCCCUGAUCCUGACCCCGGAUGGGGAAAACUACGCCUCGGUGGUGGGUUACAGCGCCUUCCUGCACUGCGACAUCUUUGCCUCUCCUGCAGCAGAUGUCAGAUGGUCUAAGGAUGACAGCAUAGAGCCCCUUUCAACAUUUCGCUAUGAGCUGAACAAGAACGGCACCCUGGAGAUCAGGAACACCAAGAAGGAGGAUUCGGGAUCCUACGUCUGCUGGGCUGCAAAUUCUGUGGGGAAAAGAGCAAUCACUGCUAGUCUGGAUAUAAGGGAUGCUACAAAACUUGUUGUUACUCCGAAGAAACCCCGAGUGCUGAAAUCACAUUCAAUUUUAUUGAAAUGCCAGGCUGAGUAUGAUUCCCACUUGAAACACAGCUUUAAAUUAUCCUGGAGGAAGGAUGGGGAUGAGCUGCCAGUCAACAGCACGGAAGGUGGCAGGAUAAUUCUGGACAGGGAUACCCUGUUCAUAUCCAGUGUGCUCCUGGAGGAUCAGGGAGUUUACACGUGCGUGGCCAGCACCGCCUUGGACGCCGCCGAGGCCGAGGCGCAGCUGAUCGUUCUGGAUGUUCCCGACCCACCUGAAGACCUCCAGCUCUCGGAUAACCAAAACCGGAGCGUUCGACUCUCCUGGAAAGCUGGGGCCAGCCAUAACAGCCCUGUUAAUGAGUCAAUUAUAGAGUUUGAAGAGAACCACUGGGAGCCGGGGACGUGGCAGGAGCUCAGCAGAGUGCCAGGGAAUGGCACCACAGCCCUGCUGUCCCUGGCUCCUUACGUGAAUUACCAGUUCCGCGUGGUGUCCGUGAACGCCGUGGGCAGGAGCCAGCCCAGCAAACCAUCCCUGCGCUAUGCGACACCCCCAGCUGCCCCAGAUAAAAACCCAGAGAACAUCCGAGUUGAAGCUUCUGAACCCAACGAAAUGGUGAUGAAAUGGGAGCCACUGAAGCCCAUGGAGAGGAACGGGCCGGGGCUGGAGUACAAAGUCAGCUGGAGGCAGCGGGGUGUGGAGACGGACUGGAACGAGGAGCUGGUGAAGAAGCACUCCCUGAGCGUGAGGAACGUGCCCACCUUCGUGCCUUACGAGAUCAAAGUCCAGGCAGUGAAUAACUUAGGAUCUGGCCCGGAACCGAACGUCACCAUUGGGUAUUCAGGAGAGGACGUUCCAGAUGCUGCUCCUUCGGGCGUGUCGGUGGAGGUUGUGAACAGCACCCUGGUCAAAGUCUUCUGGUUUGGAAUACCAAGGGACAGAGUUCGUGGGCACUUAAGAGGCUACAAGGUCAGCUGGUGGAAAACAAAAAGCAUGCUGGAUGGAAAGAGGCAUCACCCAGAGAAACACUUCCUGACGUUUGUGGGAGACAGGAACUACGGGAUGAUUCCUGGCCUGGAUCCCUUCAGUGAAUUCCGCUUGACAGUUUUGGCUUUCAACUCCAGAGGAGACGGACCUGAGAGCUCCCCCGUGGUGUUUGAAACUCCAGAAGGAGUCCCUGAACAACCACGUUUUCUCAGGAUCCUGACCUUUGACAAGGACUCAGUCACUCUGUCCUGGGGACUUCCCAAGAAAGCCAACGGCCACCUCACUGGCUACGUUCUGCAGUACCAGAUAAUCAACGAGACGCACGAGGUGGGCGCCGUGAACGACGUGAGCGUCGCCAACCGCUCGGUGCAGAGCUGGCGCCUGGCGGGGCUCAGCCCCAGCACCAAGUACAAGUUCUACAUCAAAGCCUGCACGGCCAAGGGCUGCGGGAAGGCGGCCACCGAGGAGGGGCUGACGCUGGCCCAAGGCAGUAAAGGGAGCGGCAGGAUUUCAGACGCAGUAAAGCCCACCCCAAAGUUUCAGCCCAGCGAGGCCCUUGAGCCUGGCACUGAGUACACAAUCCGCCUAGUGACUAAGAACUGGGUGGAUAACAAUAGCAUUUUUGAAGAUGUAAUUGAGACCAGGGGGAGAGCCUACGCUGGCAUUUACGAGGGGAUUUCCACCCAGGGCUGGUUCAUCGGGCUGAUGUGCGCCAUCGCCUUGCUCACCCUGCUGCUGCUGACGAUUUGCUUUGUCAGAAGAAAUAAAGGAGGCAAAUAUUCAGUGAAAGAAAAAGAAGAUUUGCAUCCAGAUCCUGAAGCUCAAUCAAUAAAAGAUGAAAUCUUUGGGGAAUAUAGUGACAGCGAUGAAAAGCCGCUGAAAGGCAGCCUCCAGUCACUAAAUGGGGACAUUAAAGCCACUGGAAGUGCUGAUAGUCUGGUAGAUUAUGGAGAAGGGGAGCAUGGCAUGUUCAAUGAAGAUGGUUCAUUUAUUGGAGCUUACUCUGGAUCUAAGGAAAAAGGAUCAGUGGAAAGCACUGGGAGCUCUACGGCGACUUUUCCUCUCCACGCCUAAAAUGCUUGGUGUUCAAUUGUGGUGUUUAUCCUGGUUAGCUCCCCACAGCCGCCACCUGUGUGGGAGCAGGGUGCCAGCUGAGCCAGCCAGGGAAAUCCUGGCACCCAGGUAACACGACAACGAGUCACUGCCACUAAAAGAUGAAUUUUUUUUUUCCAUCCUGAUUUCUUUGUGUUUUCUUCACGACAAAGCAGGAUAAAUCUCUGUUCUACACGCUGCGUCAGUCCGAGCGAGCCGGAGUUUCUCGGCGGUACAUUGCUGUCCUCACCUGCUGCCCCGGGUGUUUCUUAGGCUUGGAAUAUGUUUCUCUGUGUAGUAUUUUUGCCCUGUAUGGCUGUGGUCAUGGGUGUACGUGAAAAAUUCCCUCACGGCCUUGGUUAUAACCUUGAGGUUAUGGCACCGACAAAACCAGGUCGCUCUGCAAAGUGACACGACGAGGAGAAUUCGAUUUUAAAAUACCGGAGAAACAUAUUCCAUAUAUUGUGUAAUUUUUCCUAAAGAAUCAAACCCCUUUGUGUAUGAUAUUCAAAAAACUGUUUUAGUGGUUACAGCUGACUUCAAUUACCAAUACUUAGAACUGCAGCUUUUUCCCACAGGAGAGUGUGGGUGAAGCUGCUGCCCAGUAGCUGGCACUAUUUCCUUAAAUAAGUGAAGCUGCAGCUCUUUCCUGUGGCAAGGCAAAACAGGGUUCCCAUCCACCAUCACUCGAAAUAUUCUUCAUUUUUCUCAGCUGCAAGCUGCGUUUCUAAGCAAACUCCUUGGUGUCUGUCUCAUAUCUGUAUAUUUGUGAGCUAGCCAACAUUUCAUGGAGACGUUGUACAUAUGAUAUUAAUAUUGAUACAAGUCCAGAGCAGCCUGGUUUUAUUUUGAACUGAGACACGUUGCUAGCAUGGGUCUGUAUAGCUGCGUAGGAAUGAGUAGAAUCGCUUCUCAGUAUGGAUUUGGACCAGCAAAAUUAGUUUUCAGAAGGAGUUGUGUGUACAGGAAUCAUGCAAACCUCACACCAUUCAAGAGUCGCCAGAACUAGACCUACCUGACUUUCAAGAGUUCAUUUCUUUUCAGCCUAUUCACUGUUCAAUAAACAAGAAGAAAAGCAAAGAGAAAAUAUUAUGGUAGAGUUUGGUUUUCCUAUUUUGUUGACUAAAUGCUGGUUUAAAUCUGGUUCUUUGCCUCUCUGACACUAACUCAGCCGAGCUGUACAGCACAUUUUUUUGGUCUUUUUGUAUUGGAAUCUCCUGAAUCUCUUUUUACUAGCAUUUUGUAUCUUUGAAUCUGCUUGUUUGAGUACAGCAUCAACCGUGGCUUCAUUUCUUCUGUCAAUCCCAUUGUAAAAGUUUUUAUUUAGUUCCUGCAGGAGGAAUAGAUCCUAAAAAACUCUUUGGCAUCCUGAUAGCAAUUAGGCAAAUAUCCCCAAAUGGCUCCUCCGUGAUUUCAAUGGAAGAAAGAGAGGAAGCAAGAAUUACUCACAUGGUUCUGAGUUUCCAGCAAGGGCUACAGUUAAGCCCAGGAAAAUGCAGAUUUUUCCCUGUGGAUCCCACACAGCUCCCCCCAGGCUGGGGCUGCUCCUCAGAGCUUGGCAGUUUCUGGAAGCCUUUGGUGCUCAAGCUUCUUUUAUCUGUGCCUCUCUUUGGGGUUUUUAAUUGGAGCUUUUAAGGGCUUUUUUAUGUAUCCUCUGUUUGGGAAAAGCAAACCCCAAGCAGCCACAUUCAGGCUGUGCCGAUGAGUAUAAAAUGGUGAGUGGAAAUCUGCCCUCAAUCCAAAAUGAUCCCAUCCCACAUCAGUGACCCACAUUAUCCACUUUUAUUUAAAAGUUUGAUUUUCUGUAUUAUUUUACUUAACCUAAACACAGAAGAAGUCCAAAAGCCUUUUAAUUUGGGGGGAAAAAAAGUAAUUUUCCAAAGAAAGGAGUGCACAAUUAGAGAAAUGUGAAAAUUGGCAUCUCAACAACAGAGACAUUUCCCAGCAGCAUCUUUAUCUGCUGACUCAUGUCUGCUGCAGCCCAAACCAGAUAAAAUCUAAGGACUGAUCGGGUUUGUGAUAACCUGCUGCUUGCUUUGGACUGGUUUUAAUGUAUUUCUUUUGGGAAUCAUCUGCAGGUCUUUGAAAAUUAGGGAAUAAAACUGGGGUGAGCUCCCCCAAAUCCUCCCUUUGGGCUGGGGGUGGCUGCACUCACCCAUCACAUUUUCCUGUGGGUCUCUGCAGAUUAAACCAGACCCUAGAAAAUGCCUCUGUUAAACAAAGUUAAUUUUUACUUUUUUGGUUUUUGUUUGCUCGGGUGCUGCUCAGCCUUGCUGGUGGUGAUACUUUUCCCACUCAGAUUUUAAUUUGCAGCCUUAAAUCUUAGUGUUGGUGUCCCACGAUGCCUCAGGUCCUGAAUAUUGAACAGGGAGGAAAAGAUGUGCAGCAGAACACGGGUUUUGAGGGUUAUGCCCAAUGAAUAUUAAAAAAUUGGCUCAAACUCCCAGGAAAUCUCACUCACCUGAGCUGUUUCCUCUUCCUCAAUCAUUUCUUUCCCUUUUAUCUCUGCAUUGGAAUUUUAUUUUCUGCUGUAAAAGUACUUAGAAAGUGCAGGAUAGUGAUGGGUUUUUAGAUUUUUAAUUUUUUUUCAAAAGUAAAUUAAUUAACAGAGCAAGCUGAGGUUUUCCUGAGGAGUUUGUGGUUUUUUUGCCAUUGUAAGGAGCUGGGCUGUGUUUUUGUCUUGGUCUGUGACAGGUGAGAAGUGUGACCAUGCAGCUCAAUAAAAGUAUCACCCUCUGCACUGCAGUUUGUGGAACUUCCUGAGUUGGAAGGGGCCCACGAGCUCAUCAGAGUCCAACUUCUGUCCCUGCACAGGACAGCUCCCAAAAAAUCACACCAUACUCUGAAACAGAGUAUUAAAUCUUUGCGCUGCUUUGUUCUGCUUUGUUUGGGAUUUUUCUGGUUUUUUUUUUUUUUUUUUUUUUUUUCCCCUGUCCAGGUGUGUUUAUUAAAAUUAGCGGCUGGAAACCUGUGGUGAUUUCAUUAAUUAACACCUAGCAGGGAAUUCCAGCCUGCCUGCUGGGGGGAGGGAGUCCAGCCACAGGAGCAGAACAGGGAAUUUUCAAUUAUCCCAGGCCAUGGCUGUGGUUGGGUUCCAUUUGGCCCUGACACAUUUUGCCUCAGUACAAGUGUGAGAGGGGAAAUGGCACUUUCAGAUUUGAUACCCGAGUCGAGCCCGGGUGAACUUCCAGAGUUUCCCUGGCCCCACGGAUCCAGGUCUGGGGAUUUAAGCAGCCUCUGGAAGAAGAGAGAGAUGGGGCUGGCUGAAAAAGUUGUGCAGUUUUGACUGUGCAUAAGAUUAAACAAAUAAAAUCAGCUCUCCCUAAAUAAUGGGAAAAAACCCCCCUCUGUUCUUUAUCCCAAGGGAGCUGUUUAGAUUUCUAGAGCAGCAUGAUAUUGAUUUGGUGUGGGUUUAUUUUCCUUUAAUUUUUAUAUAUAUACAUACAUAUAUAAAUGUAAUUACAUUAUCAAGAACUUGCAGGAACAGCCCCAGCUUCCUUCUCUGGCAAAAUUUGGGGAUCCAGUCUCCAGAAACCCUCGUGGCUCUGCACUCCAGCAGGAUGAAAGUACAGCACUGGGCAUCAAAUCUCUCCUGGGCCUGGGUCUUUAGGAAGGGCAGAAUUAGGAAUCAAAUCAGAAAAUUACUUUCCCCGUCUGGAUGAAAUCGUUUGUUCAUGUACCAAAAAAAAAAAAAAAAAUUUGUUGUAACUCACAUCUUAAAUGGAUCUAAUUAGCAAAUACUGUAAUGGUUGGUAUUUGCUCUGCUGUGUUCAUGUCACUCGAAUUCCAGUGAGGAGCUCUUUUCCUGGUAACUGCUUCCACUGACUGAGUGGCUCCAACCCAGUGCACGAGAGGUUUUCGUCAAAAGUUUUCAAGCCAAUAUUAUUUUUGACAUGAAAACAAAUAGCAGCACAAUCUUUCUGUAUUUUAAAAAAAAAAAAAAAAGUGAGUUUUUUAAACAGUGAUUCCACAUUUUGUAAAGACAAAUUAGAAGAACAUUCCCUGCUCCUUGAGCUUUUGAGAGGGAACCCCAACGUCAUUUUUCACAGCCAUUAUUUUGCAGAUGAGAAGGGUAUUUGGGUUCUUCUGCUUACCUGUAGGAACAGAUAGAAAGAAAGGAAAUUCUACAUGGAGAAUUCCCUUUGUUUGCCGAUGGAUCACACCCUCAGCUGCAUCCCUGUCAGCGUUUAUGGCAGACAAAAACAAAGGUACAAAACCACGCUGGAGGAGCAGGACAUGUUUACAUUGCAGCUCUGGAUCUCUCAUGUCAAAUCUCAAGUGAUCUGCACUGAUUUGUUCUGUUUCCAGGCAGGAGCCCCUGGGGGGGUUGAGCCAAAGCAUUCUGUCUGUUCAUUCUUGUUUUUAUUAUUAUUAUUGUUAUUGUUCUGACUUUAAACAAGAGACUUUGUAAUUUCAUGAGGAAAAAGAUCAAAGCAAAUGUGGUGUCGCCAUCACAACGUGACUUUUUUGGGGGAGCUAAAUGUUAGUGUGCAUUGAUUAAAGUUUAGAGAAACGUGUUGUACUGUAGUUGCUGUUUGUACCACGCAGAUGUGCACGUACGGUUCGAAAAGAUAUUUUCAUUUUACAUGAAAUACAACUUUGCUAAUAAAAGUUUGACUUGAUGUAAUCUUCAAAA